AUGGCUUCCAUUUCUGCACGUACUCUUCUCUUCAUCUUCUCCCUAGUUUAUACCUUAUCUCCUGUUAUACUCUCAGCAUCAGUGGUGGAAGACCUCACCAAAUUACAACCACCACCAGAUUUCAACUCCACAAUCAUGACCAACUGCUUCAAUAACCCAUCUUUAAGAUACUGUAACUUCUCGCCUAUGGACCUAACGGAAAUCUUCAGAUCCACCAUUGUUGCAAGCCAUCUUUGCAAUGAGUCGAAGAACCCAAACUGUGCGGAAUCAUUCCCCAAAAUAGACCUCCGAAGCCGCCCAAAGGUUGCGCCACUCUACUUGUCGUUCAGUUUCUUCUGGAAGUACUGCCCAUUGACCAUCCUAUUGAUUGAUUUGUCCAACAAUUCUUUGAAGGGUAGUUUUCCAAUUGAUGUCCUCAACUGCACCCAGAUCCAAGCCCUUGAUUUGAGCCAUAAUAAGCUUUCUGGUGAUGUCCCAGUACAGAGCAUCUCCUCCCUUACCAACCUUACAGUUUUUAAUCUCUCGUACAAUCACUUUUCUGAAAGUAAAAUGUCUGAUACCGAGUUCUUUAAACGGUUUAAUGCUUCGAGUUUUCUUCAUUCGGGCCUCCUUCCAGACCGGAAGAAGUUUACUAUGAAGGCUGUAUUCUUAUUGGUUUGUUUUCCUAUCUUAGUGAUUGUGACAGUCGGUUGCUUCGGGUGUCUGUGUCUCCGAAGACCUGAUUUUCUGCCCAGAAUGUUUCGUAGAAAGAACAAGUUCACACCACCGAUGCUUAAGGCAGCAACUGGGGGGUUUUCCAGGAAGAAUUUGGUGGGAAAGAGCGAGGGUGUUGAUAUCUACAGAGGAGUUCUGAGAGACGGUACUGAAGUGAGGAUUGAGAUCUACUGGGAUGACAUUUCAGGGGAAAGUGGACGGAGAUUUAUUGAAGAAUGCAAGGUUGUUACUCAAUUAUGCCACAAGAACAUAUUACAGGUUUUGGGUUGGUGCAAUAGCCGAAGAAUGAGGGCUAUUGUCACAGAAUGGAUGGAGGGCAAGAAUGUCGAGAUAUGGAUAUCAGAGUCAGCUCCCCCAUGGAAGCAAAGGCUAAAAAUACUGAUGGGAGUAGUGAAUGGCAUGUGCUAUCUGCAGGAAGAAUGGCCUGAAGUUGGGUAUGAUCUCAGGACAAGCAGUGUUUUGCUAUCUGAUGACCUAGAGCCACUGAUUUCAAGGUUUAAGCUUGGAGAUCAAAGCAGUAGUUCAAGGAAGAUUUACGAUUUCGGAUUAUUCCUACUGGAGAUAUUAGUGAACAAGAUACCAAGUGAUCAUGAGUUCCAGAGUGGUGAGAAUGGAUUUAUUGAUCAUGUCAGAAUGCAUUAUCCUAGAAAUUUGCAGAAGGUGAUUGAUGAGAAAAUUAAAAUGACAGAACGCAUAUUUGACCAAGCUAAAAAGGUAAUAGGCCUAGGUUUAAUGUGCACAGAUCAGUCAGGCAGUCAUCAUCAUCUGCAGUUGGGUCAGAUUUCUGAUAUUUUAACUAGAGCCUAUGAAUCCUGGGAUGUUUUGGAAUCUCCUGUCCAGAAUAGAUCACAUGUAAAUAGAGGUAAGGGACACAAGCACAUAUGA